CUGUCCACCCCGGGUCCCUUUAUAACGCGACUCCGCUGCCCAAGACACGCUGCUCUCCUAUCGUGUAGACCAGGGAACACUCUCGGCAACUAGUGCACAGUUCCUCGCCCAUGGCCGUCACCCACAGAACGUCACCGAAGGAGACAAGUCGCCUCCUGGCAGAGGCUGACUAUGACCAUUCAUACCACGCUCCACCAGACAGUAACGAUGCCGGUCCGGGCCCGGCUGCCCUAGAUAACUCGGAUGCCGACUCCGAGACGUCAGAGGUUACACCACUCAACGAUCCCUCUCGCGCUGAUCUCUUCUGGAUCCUGACAGGCUUGUGGAGUGCAGUCUUCCUCGGCGCAUUAGAUGGUACAAUCGUAGCGACACUACUCUCGCCGAUAGGUAGCUACUUCAACAAGUCUAAUCAAGCGUCUUACCUCGGGACGUCCUAUCUUCUGUCUGUAUGCUGCUUCACCCCGCUUUACGGCAGACUCGCCGACAUUCUGGGGCGGAAAGGUGCAAUGCUCCUUGGGUUGACGCUCUUUGGCUCCGGCACAAUCGGAUGUGGCCUAGCAUCUUCCAUGGAGAUGCUUAUCCUGACCCGUGCCAUCGCAGGUAUGGGCGGUGGUGGGGUCAUGACAGUCAGCAGUGUGGCCAUUACAGAUCUUAUACCCCUGAAGCAGCGUGGUUUAUACCAAGGCAUGACCAACAUCUUAUUCGGCCUGGGAGCUGGUCUUGGAGGCCCUGUUGGUGGUUGGGUCAAUGACACAUUGGGAUGGCGGGCCGCUUUCUUGCUUCAGAUACCCCUUCUCUUUAUCUCUUUCACAAUAGUCGCACUAAAGGUAAACAUCAAACUGUCCGACGAGAUCCAGAACCAGCCGCUGUGGACCAAGCUGCGGCGGAUUGACGGUUUGGGCGCAUUCACCCUCGUUCUCGCGGUUGGAACUCUUCUGCUUGGCUUUAGUCUCAAGACGACGGAGGAAUUGUCAUGGAGUCAUCCUCUCGUAUGGGGCCUGUUCACUGCAAGUGUUGUGUUUUGGGGAGCAUUCGUAUACGUGGAGGCACGCGUUGCACCGUUCCCAGUCAUGCCUCUGCGUCUCAUCACCCGACGCACACCGCUUGCCGUGUCACUCGCUAAUUUCCUGGGCUCCGUCACCUCGUUUUCUAUGCUGUACAAUAUUCCUCUGUACUUCUCCGCCGUCAAGCUGAAUUCAUCUGCCAAUGCCGGUUUACACUUGUUGCCCCACUCGAUUGCGUUAUCAACGGGAAGUGUAUUUGCCGGAUGGCUUAUGCGGCGUACCGGGAAGCUGUACACACUCACACUAUGCUCGGCGCUUUUGACCGUGCUCGCGAGCGCGCUCGUCGCAUGCUGGAAUGACAAGACUUCGCAGUUCCACCUCUGGUUUGACGUCGUCCCCCAAGGGCUGGGUAUGGCUAGUCUCAUUACGAGUACACUCAUUGCGAUGAUCGCGGGCGUCUACAAAGAGGACAUGCCCGUAGCCACCGGAAUCACGUAUCUGUUCCGGACUACUGGGCAAGUGCUGGGUGUCAGCCUUUCCGGGGCGAUCCUCCAGAGCGUGCUGCUGCGUAAACUGAAACAACGCAUUACCGGACCGAACUCUGCGCAGGCAAGUUCAAUUAAUUUCCACCUUGCGAGGCAUUCAAUCGGCUCAAUACCUGACAUGGCACCGUCAGUGAGAAGAGCUGCAGUCGAAUCCUAUGCAGAUGCUCUGCAUGUUGUUUUUAUCUGCCAGUUUGCAAUUAACAUCCUAGUCUUCAUCUGCUGUCUUCCCAUCCAGGAGCAUCCCCUUCCAGGAACGCAUCAAGAACAAGAGGAACACUACCGCAGCCAACGGAUAGCUCAAGAGGGUGAUCAGGCAAACGUUGAUGAGCCAUAGAGGACUUGGCAUCCCCCCAUCGAAUAAUUUUAUGUAUGGUCUUUAAGGCUCUCCUUCUUUACCGGUAGGGAGACGAGUGUUACGACCUCAUUCAUCUAUACCCACAUUUAUGCAAGUGUACAGUAGUAUAUCCAACACUGCUCGCCAUGGCCAUGCAUCCCGGGCAGCGCGGUGGAAGCAUUAUCUACCACAUUCACUAUUCCCAAUGUAUACAACGGUCAUGGACUCUAUCAAUCGACAAAGAAUUUAUUUGCGUUCUGGCACCGAAAUGCCGUUUAAGCAGAGUGAAGGAGUAGGAAGGGCGGUCAUCUCUUUGAAGAGUCUAUGAUUUUACUAGCCUAUCCGACGCCGAGGAAGAUGACCAUAUAACCACGCUUGCGUCUGUGCAACCUCAGAUUCUUCUUCUUCAAGCAAAUCCUUCAUCCUUUGGAACGUUGAACGCAUCUGUCCCGUUGUAUCCUCCUGAAAGUCCGUCAGGAAACGCAUAUCCUCUCUUCACCGAACUGGCUUCUCUUCGAUCCACCGCCUCGGCCUCUUCUCCACAACUGCGGGUGCGUUGCCUACUGCGUGCCGUGACGCAUCAGACUCAGUGAACCUACUCCUGUCCGGUCGAACUGGACAUGGCAGAACGUUCGACGCAGAGACCGUGAGGACGGAUGCGAAGAAUGUAAGGACAAAGAGCGAGGAGACGAGAUUUCGUCGCUGGGAGUUGUUGAAUCGAAGAGUUCUAGCACCGAUCAUUCUAUGUC